CCAGCCCAGAGCGACAAACCAGCCCCGCAGGGCCUGGCUCCCGGAGGCCAUGGAGGUGCUGGGGUCCCUGGUCAUGCUAGCCCUCCUGCUCCUGGCACCGCUGCUUCUGGCCUUCAUUGUUUACUGUGGAUACGUGCACUGGGUCCACAUGAAAUAUGACCACAUCCCCGGCGCCCCACGCGAGAGCUUUCUACUUGGACAUCUGCCCAUCUUGUGGAGACUGAUGAAGAAAAAUGAAUUUAUCCAUGAUCUCUUCCUGGAGUGGGCACAAAAAUAUGGACCCAUUUUACGGUUAAAUGCUUUUCACAGAGUCUCAGUGAUGAUUUUGAGUCCUGAAGGAGUGAAGGAAAUCUUGAUGUCACCUCAAUACCAAAAGGAUCCACGGACGUACAAUAAUAUCUGCAACCUGUUUGGUGAAAGGUUUCUUGGGAAUAGUUUGGUAACUGAGCGCAACUACGAACGCUGGCACAAGCAGCGGAAGAUUAUGGACCCAGCUUUCAGCCGAACCUACCUGAUUGGUCUGAUGGAAACUUUUAAUGAAAAAGCAGAGGAGCUGAUGGAGAAGCUAGAGGAAAAGGCAGAAGGAAAAAAAGAGUUUAGCAUGUUGACGAUGAUGAGCCGAGUGACUUUGGAUGUCAUUGCAAAGGUAGCUUUUGGCUUGGAAUUGAAAACGCUGAGUGAUGACCAGACACCCUUUCCAAAUGCUGUGACCACGAUCAUGAAGGCAAUGACGGAGACGCGCAUCCCCUUCGUCAAGUACAUGCCAGGAAAACAGAAGCUGAUAAAGGAGAUCCAGGCAAGUGUGCGACUGCUGCGCCGCGUGGGCAGGGAAUGCAUUAAGCAACGGAGAGAAGCCGUCGAGAACGGGAAGGAAGCCACGAUGGAUAUUCUUACACAGAUACUGAAAGGAGAUGCUCUGAAGGAAAUGAGAGAUGAUGAAAAUAUGCUGGAUAACUUCGUUGCUUUCUUUGUUGCUGGUCAUGAAACAACUGCCAAUCAGCUGUCAUUUACAGUAAUGGCAGUGGCUCAGCAUCCUGAAAUAUUGGAAAGACUUCAGGCCGAAGUGGAUGAAGUUAUAGGUGCCAAGAGACACAUUGACUAUGAGGAUCUUUGCAAGCUCAAGUAUUUAUCACAGGUUUUGAAGGAAUCUCUCCGACUGUACCCACCCAUCCCAGGGACUCUACGCUGGACAGAGACAGAAACUGUAGUUGAUGGCAUCAAGAUUCCAGCAAACACGACACUUAAUUUCAGCACUUAUGUAAUGGGAAGAAUGGAAAAGUUCUUCAAGGACCCACUCACUUUUAAUCCAGAACGAUUUAGCAAAGACGCACCAAAGCCAUAUUACUCCUACUUUCCAUUCUCUCUGGGACCCAGAUCCUGUAUUGGGCAGGCUUUUGCGCAGAUGGAGGCGAAAGUGGUGAUGGCAAAAUUGCUGCAGAGGUUUGAAUUCCAGCUGGUACCAGGGCAGAGUUUUAAACUCUUGGAUAUUGGCACCUUUAGGCCAUCAGAUGGGGUAAUGUGUAAAUUGAAGCCAAGGAGCCAUAAGAAAGAUGUCCAGAUGUGAUUGUCAGGAAAGUGGUAGUUCCUUCUGUUUUUGAAAAUUUCCCCACUAAUCAAAGGUUAGAUUUUGCAGGUGCUUUUAGAUGAUUGCUAGACUAAAAUUUUUCCUAGUUUCCAUACCAUUUAUCAAAGAAAAAUUGGUUCUGGAACCUGGAAGCUUGUCUGGAAUAUGCAAGGACUGCUUUUUUGUUGUUGUUUGUUUUGUUUGCUCUGGAGACUGUCUGGACUAGACUUUGGAAGGAUCAUCUCCUCUCUGGUAGCUACACACAAUCCUACAUCAAAUCCCAGACAAUAUUUUGGAUCAUUUUAAUUUACAGUCCAAGAGGGACUAAGUAAAGGGCUUACUUAGCAUUACUUAGAACUUAGUUAAGGGAGUUUCAUAUUUACAUAGAAUCAAACACUAAGUGGGAGCAUAAGACUUGGAGUGAAUUCAGGAAUAGAAGUUUGAAGAUAUUCUCAAAACAUUUUUUUCCCUCCGUACUCUAAAUAAGAACAUAGAUUGAUAAAAGCAAUCUGAAAAAGAAAUGGCUAUUGUUUUCCUGGUGCUUCUGACUCAUUUUUCUUCAGUCUCCCCCACUUUCCAUCCAGUAUUAUUCAGAGUCUAGAUUCACAAUCCACUUAAGCCAACAUUAUCAAAAGAGACUCUCCAGUUUUCUUGUACACUGCCCUGCACUCGAUCUCAUGCAAUGCUGUAGUUAUUCAGGGAGGUUUCACUGGGUUCAUUUUAACCCAGAUUUUUUGCCUCAUCUGUCUCACCAUGAAGUGAUAUGGAAGCUCGGACCAGACAGCUUAGCAGGUACAGAAGGCUUGAGAUUAAGUGCCUAGCAGCAGAUGCUGCUUAAGCUGGUGUUGCACCUGAAGAAACGUGCCCUGAACUUGAGCCAGAGACAGGGGAACAUCCUUUGCUGCUGCUGCUCCAAAAACGCUCACUGCUUGUGGGUUUCAAAGAGCCCACCUCUGCUAGGGAAAAAUAAUGAUGCAUGAAAAUCCCAUCUUCCAGAAAUAUUGGGAUACCUAGUAGGAGUUUGUGCAUAAAAUCUAUCUUGAAAUAAAGGA